AUGGCGAACGAAGUCCGCCACGCGGGGGAAGGCAUGGGUGGUGGUGCGGGGGAAGGUGUGCGGUGGGGGACAGCUGAUUUAGAUUUGAUUGUGCGAAACUAUGGCUACGGCGGUCUGACGAUCACACAGACCUCUGACCAAAGCAGUCAUUUCUCUUCACCGACCAUGUCUGCGUCUCCUAACCACCCCCUCCCUCCAGUUCCCUCAGACUCUCCCACUGCAACCGUUCGUCGCCACCACACAAUAUCUGCUCACUCUCGCUCCGCACGCACCGCUGCAAAGGAUGUCAUCUCCGAAGAAGUGCAUGACCAGCAGCAGGCCAUCUGGAAUGAUGACGAGGUCGUCGAUCAGGACUGGGUCGGUGGUGUAGGUGCAGUCGGUGAAAAAACCUCUCUCCAUAGGCAGAGCUCUCUUCCGACCCGUUAUCAUCGUGGCUUCCAAAACCAGGCCGCAAAGUCCGGCAAUGCUGCACCAAAGACAGUCAACAGCCUUGCCGCCAUCGCGGGCAAUGAGGGUGAUGAAGAGCCUUGGAAAUUUGGCUCAUACAACGUCGAAGACGAUGAGCAUUCUCCCAGCGACCAUCAUCCCCAGCACCAACAAGUGCUCGAUGCCCAGGGUCAGCUACAAUCGAGCAACUCGCCUCUUUCUCCUCAUUUCGCGGGCAACCCACCCACUGUUCCAUCGCCUCCUCCUGCGGCCUCCGGUGUUCGUCGACAUGUUUCGCUUACUUAUGGGGCGGCUGUUGGUGGUCAACGAAAGAUGAACACGGGCCUCAAGCGUUCUGGAACCCUCCAGGCUCCCAUGCCAACCCAUUCCCAAAAUUCUACUCCGCCGGAUACUUCGGAACAGGCUGAGGAGGAAGAACAGUAUGCCUACGAAGCAGAAGACACUUCGAACUAUGAAGACGAAUAUUAUGCAAGGCAGCAACAGCAACAGCAGUACUCGGGCGGCUCUAUUGGUCGUUCAUCUCCCUGGUCCUCCGGGAAUGAAUGGAGGCCAGGGUAUACAGGUGGGGGUAAUGGGAACGUUGGGACCGUGGACGACGUCCAACGGGCACUUUCUGCUCUCGAAUUGGCAAGCAAUCAGAAUACUAUACCGGCUGGCGGGUAUGGUGUUUAUCAGCCGACCGGACAAGGCCCGCCUCCUCGUUUCAACUCUACGAAUCAGCCAGUCCCUCAAAAUCAGGCAGCCGGGCCUCGUGGAGGCAACGGAAACGGGGGAAAUAAUAAUGGGGCUGGGAACGGGAACAGGCAGAUGGGUGCUGAUUUUGACGGAAGAAAGACUCCUCUCUCCCAACCCCGAGGGUAUGGCCAAGCGCAGCAAUACGCCCAACAGCAACAGGGAUGGGAUCAACAAAAGGACCAGGGUUUACGUGGACGCGCUUCCAACCCAAACUUGCAAUACGGUUACCAACAAGGAGGCGCGAGUGGGCACAUGAAGAGCGCGAGCGGCAGUGGCGCAAGCGCUGGUGCUGCUGGUGCUUCUGGCGGAAUCCCGAGCGUGCCUCCAAUUCCACAGCAGUACCUGCAGCAACAAGGGCAGGGCAACCAAGGCGGUCGGCCUGGGCUGGGCGUUGCCACUAACUUCAGCAAUGCAGGACCUUCAGUCCCUUCUGGCCAGACGCCCGUGCAGCCUUUCAUCACCACGCCGAUUGAUGUCCCGACGCUCAUCGCGACGAAAGGCUACAACCCUGCGACGUUCGACACGCGUCCACAGUUCGCUCGGUAUUUUGUUAUCAAGUCGUACACUGAAGACGAUGUGCAUAAGUCGCUUAAGUACGAAAUUUGGAGCUCCACCGACCCUGGUAACAAGAGGCUGGAUAAGGCAUUCAAAGACACAGCCGGACGUGGUCCCAUCUACCUAUUCUUCAGUGUGAACGCCAGUGGUCAUUUCUGCGGGAUGGCGGAGAUGCUGACACCGGUGGACUAUACAAGAAGCAGCACGGUCUGGGCAUCUGAUAAAUGGAAGGGCGUCUUCAAAGUCAGAUGGAUAUUCGUCCGCGACAUUCCCAAUAUGAAUCUGCGACAUAUCAAACUGAACAACACUCAAGAGCGCAAGCCGGUGACUAAUUCAAGAGAUACUCAAGAACUCUUGCCCGAUGCAGGUCAAGAGAUGUUGAGAAUCUUUCACACCCAUCCUGCACGAACUUCUUUGUUGCAGGACUUCGCGUUCUAUGAGCUUCAAGCUAUGCAGAAGAUGCAAGCUACCGGCGGUGCCGCUUCUCCUCCACAACCCAUGCUUCAUUCACCUCAGCUGCAACCCUCUGGUAUUCCAGCAUCCAGCAGCUACAACUAUAACAUGCAACCGAUGGUGCAAAUGAACAUGGGUCUAGGCACCGGACAGUACAACAACGGCCAGCAAGGCUUGCAAGCCAUGCAUCAAAGUGUCAUGAGACACCCUAGUCCCGGUCCUGCAGUGCAGGGUCAACAGGGAAAUCAAAAUCAACAGGUCGGAAAUCAGGGGGGUUUUGGAGGAUUCUAA